CAUGCAUCAAUGCUGCAUGAUUGAUCACCUACUUCAAGACAUAUGUGAAUACCUCGAUGAAAUAAGCAGCAGAUCUUUAAAACUUGUAAAAUUUUGUUUAAGCUUCAAUGGUGGUGAAAGUGAGACCGGGUCAUGUGAGGCGUGAUUAUAAAUGCAUUUGUAUCUUUCUUGUGCUAGCAGGCUUUUUUAUUGAUGUUCGGACCAGUGAAUCCAAAAAUUACAUCGAAGAGUUAUUAAUAGAAAGUAAAAUUAUUCCAGAUGUCUUGGAUGUAGCUCCAAAACAUGAGUUAUUGAUUAUUUAUGCAGAUCAGUCUAUCAAAUUAGGAACUCAUGUUCUUCCCUCUCUUGUUCACGGGGUUCCGACGGACGUCGACUGGCCUUAUGACGCAAUGGCAUAUUAUACGCUAAUAAUGACAGAUCCUGACUCUCCUUCUACGUCGAAUCCAUAUAAUAAAGAGUGGCAGCAUUGGGUUGUGGGAAACAUUCCAGAAUUCAGGGUAAAACUUGGUGAAGUCCUUACCCCACACAUCGGAGCAGUUCAUCCAAAGGGAAACGGAUUGCAUCGAUAUGUUUUCACCGUUUUCAAACAACCUGAAAAAGUCAAUUUCACAGACUUAAUCCUCGACGAACGACCAUCAGAUGCAUACCGAGCGAAUUUUUCAACGAGAAAUUUUGCCCACCGCUACAAAUUUGGAGACCCUCAUGCUGUCAAUUAUUUUGUAGUGAAUUGGGAUACGCCUUGAGCUACAUCCAAUCAUCUUCCAAAAAAAAAAAAGGUUGGGGAAGAAGAAAGGUCGAUAUAAGUCAAGAGGGGAAUUAGUACGUGAUUGUUAGAGUGAAUUUUCUUUCCUCACUUUUUCUUCUCCUCCUGGGAUUAUCAACGAAUUUUUUGAACAGUUCUGACAAAAUUCUAUAGAGUAUAAUAAUUAAGUAUUUUUUUAAAAACACGUUCCUUCAACUAUG